AUGUCGAGCGGACUCUCUUCACACCACUCUUCGCCUCAUUUUCGCACAAAACACUCACUUCUAGUGAUUCCGACUCUGACUCUGACUGACCCGUCAUCACCGGUCAGAUAUGUGGGCCAAUCAAUGAAGCAGACAAACAUCGUUAACAUGUCCACUGGUGUGAAGGUUAAUGAGGUGAAGGCCAGUGGCCAGGAGUGGGAUCAGUUGUCAAGUGAUGUAUUGCCAGAAGCGAACAAAUCGUAUAGUUUUAGUCGACAAGACUUCGCGAGUGAUUUGUUUUCCAUCGACUCAUUCCUUAAGACCAAUCGGUCGAAGGUAUCACUGGAACAGCUUAAGGAUGACUUAAGCUCUUAUCUAAAAGUGUUGAAGACAUCGAUGGUUGAGCUCAUCAACGAAGACUACAAUGAUUUUGUCAAUUUGUCCACAAAUCUGAUGGGUUUUGACAAAGCCAUCAAUAAUUUGUCACAACCUUUGAUCCAAUUAAGAGAUCAAUCGUUUACUAUUGAACACCAAUUCAAUGAACGGAUCAAACAGUUGGAGAAUCAGAUGAAACGUCUGGAGAGUAUUCGUCGAAAUAAAAGUGAAUUAAAUAAAUUGAUUUCAAUAAUGGAUGGCAUCGAGAGAGCGGAGCAAUGGUUUGAUGGCUUCAGAAAUAGUGGUAACUCUUGUGAUAAUCACAGCAACAGUUUGUCAUCGAUUGAGAAAAUAGUGUUAAUUAUAAUCAAAAUUGAAAUUCAGUUGAAAUCCAUUGAAUUAGACAUCCCUUUAGUGAACCAACAGCUGAUGCCUCGCAUUGAGUCCAUAUCCAGUGAUCUGAAGCAAAGACUUGAGUUUGGAUUCUUCGCCGCAAUCACUGAUAAUGACUCACAAGAACUCAAUUCAAUACUAAGAAUAUAUGCAUUGAAUGGAAAGCAAACAGAAAUCGAAAACAUGUUUCGCCGGAAACUUGUGAAACCAUAUAUGGAUGAAGUUAUUUGCGAGGCAUUCCUCCAGAGGUAUGGAAUCAAUCAACUGUUUGACGAGAUUCUUGAGUUUAUUGAUUUAAAGUGUGGACUAAUCGUGAAUAUGAAUGAAACGAAUUAUUCAUUUAUGAUUCACUCGGUUUGGAGUGAAAUAUCCAAUUGUCUGGUCGUGAGGACGCCGUCUCUCUUCUCAGUCGGAAAUCCAGAUGUAUUUCACUCGCAAUACUGUCUUACGAUUGAAUUCAUCGAUAAUUUUGUGGCCAAAAGUCAUAUUAAAAGGUCUCAAUUAGAAGAUAAUAACGGCUAUAAAGAGCUGAUGAAUAAAUUCAAUGUUGAGGUCUAUUUGCACAUUCGGUUCCAACAAAUCGCCACUAAAUUUGAGGCCACACUUGAAGAACAUGCCUUUGAAAUGAAUAGGACUCCUAACCAUGGAUUCCGUUAUAUAGUGACACAAACUCUGUACGAUUGUCUCACUAUGUGUUGGUCCAAACAAACCGUUUAUAUCGGGGUUCUGUUCGCCUCCUUCUGGAAAAUUACGGUCCAAUUGUUGAGUCGUUACUCGUUUUGGUUACAAAACCUCAAUGAGUCGGACAUUAAGACAACGGGAUUUGAAGCACCAAACAGUCGGCUCUCAAAUGCCACACAUCUGUUGGGAACUCUCAUCAAUGACUGCAAGUAUUUUGUGAAUGAAUCGAAACAAUUCUUCACAACGAAUAUCAUUGAUUUGAAACCAAUUCAAGUAAAUAGCGACGAAUUGAGGCAAUCAUUUGAUGAGUCGAUACAAUCGCUUGAAUCCAAGGGUUUAUUAAAUAUUGUGUCACUUAUGGAGUCAUGUCUUGUGAAACAAUGCGAUCUAAUACUGAGACAAGUGAAUGAUGUGCCGCGACUUUACAGGAAGACCAACAAAGAAGUGCCCACUAAAGCGUCCAAUUAUAUCAACCAUUGCAUCGAUUUGUUGGCAUCCAUUACAUCCAGUGAGACACAGCUCUGGAACAGUGAAUGGACGCGACAUGUGUUGAAUGAAAUCACAUCUCAUUUUAAACAAUUCACUUCAGAAGUAUUGACUUCCGUUCAGAAGAUUGAAGACAGUCUUAAAAGACUAAAAAAGGCUAAAAUAGGGAUUCAAAACAAUCAGUCGAAGAAUAAUCUGAAUAAUAUGUCGGAUGACGACAAGAUUCGACUUCAGAUCUAUUAUGACGUCCAAGAGUUUGGAAAACAGAUUGAGGAAAAACUAAAGAUUGAGAGCAAAACAAUUGGUUCGUUCAUUGAAUUGUCAGAAAUGACAAAUGCAUCCAAAAAUCUAAUCAAUUAA